AUGUCAGCAACCUGCGACGUGGCGCACAAGACGAGCGUCGAGAUUGUGGCCUCAGCUCCAGCCACCAUCGCCAACACAGACCUCACGGAAACCUUCGCUGCCGCGGCUGAAGCUAGGACAGCCACUGAAGGUCUCAUCGAUACCGAUAUUACUAUUGAGUUUGCCACCACUGAAUCUACUGCAACUGAUUCUGAUAGUCUGCGACUGAGACAAAAACAACUCCGAACACCACAACUAUAA